UAUGAAAUAUGUUGAUAAGAAAUUAUGUUCGUGAUUACCGAUGUAACGUCAAGAGAAAACACUCGCACGCGCUCGCGCGCACACACACACACACACAUAGAGAGAGAGAGAGACACACAGAGAGACAGAAAAAAACUCUUUAAUUGCAACAGUCUCUAUUUACAACAGUCUCUUUCCUCACACAGAGUUAGGGUGUUGACUCGGAGCCAGAUGCUUAAAUGUUUGGAGUUCCGCUCUAGAAGAUGCAUUGAAGAAAAAAAGCAAGAUGAAAGGAAAGUGCCGUGCAUUUGGUUCAGGUGUAUUUAUUUAAAGCUUUAAUAGUAUUUUCAAAAGUAGAUUACACAUUUUGUCCCCAAACCUACCUCAAACAAUUGUAAUGAACAGAAUACAGUAAAAAAAAGAAGAUACAUUUACUUUAUUGGUGCAAACAAAUAUGUCAAUUACUUAACGUGCACGGCCAUGCAAAAUCUAUUAAAAUGCAAACAAAUAUGUGCAUUUUAAACUUGAACGUGCUUUGGCUCAUGUCCAGAACACAUCAGAAACAAACCCAGGGCUGUAUACUUUCUGUUCACGUGUAUAUAGUGCAUUUCUCCUUUCGCCUGCAUGAACAGUGUACGUUUGAAAUUCACGUUCAGUGUUCCUCUUCAAAGCCCAGUCCUGCAGACAGUGUCAGUAACAUGCUUGUUGAUCUGUUAUAAGCAGCACAUAACACAAACGCAAGUGCGCCAGGUAGAAGACAGGGUUUCAUGCUGUAAAUGGAAUGUCAAACUAUUUUCUUGAUUUUCAUUUAACUUAAUCUCUAAAUGAGCCUAAUGCGAAUGCUAUGUCAUCACGUUGGUCUAUUUCAGGCAGGCACGCUCAAGUGUUUAAGCUCAGCUGUAACUGAGCUGCAGUGCAGAAGCUGCCUAAAAUCACAUACUUCGACAAUGUUUCAGAAUAAAGUCUUAUCCAUUGAAUUGUUCUUUACUUUUUUAUUUUCAAAAUCUUAUAAACACGUCAGGAUGUUAUAGAAUAAUGUCGAGAAAUGCACCGACCUGACAAACGAUUUCCAAUAUGUUUAAGAGAGAAAAUAAAACUAGCCCUAUUUGUAAUGGUUCAGAGCUGGAAGGUAAAAACGCAUUUACUCAUUAAAUUAUAGAAGACGUUGAUGACAUGCAGAAUGAAUCGAUAUGGAGAAGUUAAAGUAAAAUGUAAUGAAUGCAUCCUAUCACCCUUUCCAUAAUACUUCUUUAAAUCAGCCUUUCUCCGCUGGAAUUACAAACUCUCACAUGGCCCUCGCUUUCAACUAGAAAGCGUUUCUAAAAUACUUUAUAUUGAUCUGAAGCUCAAUAUGAGGUCUACUUCAUUAUCUCUGUCGGGUUGGAUGCAAAAUACUCCAGACAGAGAUAAUUCCAGUCAUUUCUUUCCAUCUUGAACUUGAAAUGACCCAACAAGCUUGUAGAUAUAGGCUCUUUCUAUAGCAAUUGCAUAUUUCCACCAAUUUUUUUGUGCAUUUCAGGUUGUUGUGAGUCCCAUAAAGAUUUUGGUUUUUUUUUUAUCCUAGUUUAUGCGUCAAGCAAAAGGGAGUGUUAAAUACUGUGUCUUUUGUCCUGGCUUAGAAUCAAUUUCAAGUCCGUGUUCUAGAUGUCGCUGUUGACCACGUCUGCAGAUCCGAAUCAUGUGUCAAGGAGUCCACGUGAUAGGAAAGGAGGCUGCGUCUCAAGGCCAUUUUCAAAUUUCAUUGGUGAGAUUGUCAUGUGGUGGUGGAGAGGCACCCAGAGUUACGCGGGGGAUUGUUUUGCUAGAUAUGUCAGCUUACAAAGGACACCUCUCUGCUCUUUAAAAAAAUCCUCUCCAAAAUGUCAUUUCCCAAUAGCUCUCCCGUUGCUAAUACGUUUUUGGUUGAUUCGUUGAUUGGGGCUUGUAGAACAGACAGUUUUUAUUCUAGCGGCAACAUGUACAUGCCAUCCAGUGCUGAAAUGGGAACUUAUGGAAUGCAAACCUGUGGACUCCUGCCGUCCUUCGGCAAAAGAGGGGAAGUUAACCACCAAAAUAUGGGCAUGAAUGUCCAUUCAUACAUACCUCAACUUGAUAACUGGGCAGAUCCGAGUAGGUCUUGCAGAAUAGAACAACCAUCCAGCCAGAUGCCCAAUUGUACGUUUUCACAAAACAUAAAAGAAGAAAGUAACUGCUGUAUGUACGACAAGAGGGCAAAGGACAGUUCGUCUGAGAUUCCCGGGUAUUCGAAUAUGAUUCCAGAGUCCUGCUCCGUUGAAGGUCCAGAAAUCCCUGUGCCUGGCUAUUUUAGACUGAGCCAAACUUAUGCGACUGGAAAAAGACAGGAAUACUGCCAUGAGACGACGAGCCCGAACACUACACUGGUGCAAUUAAACAGAGUGAUCCCGAAAUCGCAAGCAACGUCUUUUGUGGACAUUGAGAAGAAAAUCCCCGAAACUCCACAUAACCGGGAGACCAGACGGACACCUACCCCAGUGGAGAGCCCCGAUCCAAAGUCACAGGAGGAGAAGAAUUGCUCUACUGAAGCCUCUGCCUCCAGCCCAGAAUUGCCACAGAAGGAAGCGAAAGACUGCAAAACUGAUCCACCACACAGCAAUUGGCUGACGGCAAAAAGUGGACGGAAAAAGAGAUGUCCUUACACGAAGCAUCAAACCUUGGAAUUAGAAAAGGAGUUUUUAUUCAACAUGUACCUGACUCGAGAGCGCCGCCUAGAGAUCAGUAAAGGUGUCAACCUUACUGAUAGACAAGUCAAGAUUUGGUUCCAGAACCGCAGGAUGAAGCUGAAGAAGAUGAGCAGGGAAAACCGAAUUCGAGAACUUACCUCAAACCUAACUUUCUCUUGAGCAUGUAGACGAAUGUAUAUUUCAGAAAGUUGUUCUGGUAUUUCCAAAAAAAGGAUUGUCUGGAGACCAUUGGACAUUGUUUCUAGUUUUAUUUUCCACUUUGCGAUACUGUGAUUGUUGCUACUUCAUUUUAAUUGUAUUUUUGGUGGUAUUCUACGUGAAGCAUUGUGUAAUUUAAAUAUAUUUCACAGGGUAACAUUAAUGUGGUUUAGGUCGUAAAUUAUAUAAAGUGACAGAAAUUAAUCUGCGGAGUGUUUGUUUUGAUAUGGUCAGAUCGUCGCACGUAACUUUUGCUUUUGAACCCCAUCUACAUUGGUUUCGAACAUGAAAGCACAUCUACUGUUUGUAAGUAAAUAGUACACCUCAUUUCUCAAAAAAAUGGAAUAUAUAUAGGCCUACAUUUCUUCUUACCACAACACUGUAAAAGUUCCUGUAUAAAGUGUGGUAGCCUAUCCAAUGUUAAAAUGUGCGUGUAACUCCAAAUGCAUGUUUGUGGCAUGUUUCUAGUAAUAAAUUGAUUCUGUCAAAAUA